GCCAGUCCCACGAGCGCUGGGGAGCCUCUCGCGAUCCGAUCCGUCUCCAGUCUGGCUCUGGAUACAGUGAGCGAAACACCGAGUGCCGAGCUAACCCGCCGCCGCACACCGACAUGUGCCUCUCGCGCCACCAGUGACAUUCGCACCCCGGAUUUGAAUCACUACUUUGCCCAAGGACAAAUAAUGAUGGCCACGGAGAUCUCCGUUCUUGGCCAGCACGCGUCAGUCUGCGUGUCUGACGAUGACCUGCACUCGCCCACCGACGCGAGUGAUGACAGCGUUGAGGUCAAAGUGCACCCCAUUCUGGCGCUGUCCAAGAAGAACAAACGCAAACUCGCUGAGCCACGCAAGGUGGCCAACGAGGGAAAAUCACCGCCCACCAAACGCGCCCGCAAACUGCACAAUACGACUGAUUUGAUUCGUCAAGCGGUGCCCGUUUCAACGCCGAGCCCCUUCAGGCCGUGGAGUGAGCCCCCCUCAAGUCACCACAGCGACGAUCAACCCCUUUCCUUGGUGGUCAGACCUUCGGCGGCGCCGGUCACAUUGUCUCCCGCCUUGUGCGGCGCUAAGCCGACAGUAGCACCACCACCGAUUCGCAAGCGCUUGGCCAACAACAAGUUUUCGGUUGAAUCUCUGAUUGGUGAACAACCACCCCCACAACUCCAACAACAACCAACCCCUCCUGCCUCUGCAAAGAGUAGCAAGAGUCGUUCUAGUAACGCGACAGUGGCGACGCCGAACGUUCAACGUAACUACAAGAACAUGACGCGUGAAAGACGCAUAGAGGCCAACGCUCGAGAACGGACUCGUGUUCACACGAUCAGUGCAGCGUUUGACACGCUGCGUCAAACCAUCCCUUCGUACUCGAACAGUCAGAAACUGUCCAAGUUGUCAAUCCUCCGCAUCGCCUGCUCGUACAUUGUGGCUUUGUCCAGGGUGGCCGGCGAAGACUACAGCGAGGGAGCCACGGCGCCAUCUGUUCCUGAUUGCGUUGAAAAGGUCACAAAGACCAUUCACGCGGAAGGGAAGGUGCGAAAGAAAAAGGACGAAUAGUGUGAUGUGUUGAUUCCUAUAUUUUAACAAACUGAACUCUGUUGCUUGCGAGCACCCGGGAUGCCCACUGUGAUUGCCAUAAUUUGUAGUUUAGGCUUAUCUUGUUUUUAGACUUUUGUGUCGUACGGACUGUGCUUUUCAACGUGUGUAACCGCUGCCAUAAAGCCAUAUAAUUCGCUAGGAAAUAUAUAUAUAUUGCAAUUGACGGUCUGUAAAUAAUAACCCUUGAAAAUUUCUAUACAACAUUCCGUCCUGUAUUUUCUUUCCCAGUUCCAAUUGCUGAUGUCAAACUUUGUAAAACAACACAAUCUGCUACUUUUUUUUUAUUAUUACAAUAAUAAGCUGCUAAUUCAUAAAAACUUAGACUGACAUAGGAGUUUUGGUGCUUGAGUAAUUGUUGAUUUUCUUGCAAUUUACAGUUAAUAAUUCGUAUCAAUCAUAUAUAUUUUAAAUUUUGAUAAGUCUAGAGAUAACGUAAGAAGUUUUAAACGAAGUCUUGUGAUUUUACGUGAAAAAAUUCAUGCUACUCAGAGCCAAAGGUGCCUGUAUGCAAUAGAAAAUUGUACGUUUGCAACUGAUGAUACGUGCCAAUGAGUAAUGUAAAGUUUCGAAAAUAUGUUGUAAAUAACAGUUCGAAAUGUUCAUAUAUUAUGCAGGCUAAUUACCUAUGUCAGAAGAAUUUAAAUGCCUAAUUAAAGCACUAGUUUCAACAAAGUUUCGAGAUUUUUUGGUUGCAUGAAGUCUUCAAAGGUAUUAUCUAAAGAAAAUUUAUCCAUAUAAUCAGCAGCCUAAAGCAGAUUCAGUACAAAUGUUUUAUUUGCAGGUUAAAAAUAAAUAAAUAUUGAUAAGCGAGCACUGAAACAAAAGAAAGCAACAUUUGCUGCGCGGUUAAAAUCAAAUUUUCGUGAAAAAAAAAAUGAUAAAUGAUGCUGUUGUUACAGAUAAUAAACGACAAAA